UCUGCUGAAAAAUCGCUCAAUUAAGUCACAAACUGGCAGCUGUUGAACGCAAUCGACGUAGUCGCAUUGCUAUUAUUGUCGUCACCGUCGUCGCCGGCAUCACCGUUUCGCGUAGACUGGCUCGAAUGCGCUUCUCCGCAACGAAAUAGCCAAUGAUCAGUUGGAUUUCAGUUGGCUAGGGCAACGGUCGUGUUUCUUUUUCUGCUAGUAAGCGGUGACGAACAAUACACCUGUCGGAAUGCAAAUACGCCGCGUGAACGUGUGAAAGAAAAAAAAAAUAAAAUAAAAAAAAUAAAAUAAACGUUUUGCUUACGCACUUUUUUAACGGUUAUCGGUAGUGCAGAAGAAAAAAAAAAGAUUUUUUGUUGCCACUUCAGCUACCUCAUCAAAUUGCAUUCUGAAAACGUGCAUUAAACGCGCGCCGCCGCCGCAUAUUUUUCUAAAAAAAAAAAAAAAUAAAAUAAAAUAAAAUAAAAUUAUUAAUAAUUUAUAGUGUUUGCCCUCAUAGACCUUACAGUUCGGUUGAUGUUGUUGAGAUCGAGUUUUGUUUAAGUGAAAUCAAUAGAUAUUCAUUACUGUUCAUCAAUUCAAUAAAAAAAACUUAAUUGAAGAACUUUUCAAGAGAUGGAGGUGACAACUAUAACAACAACAACUAGUGCAAAAGAAACAAAACGUGCCGUGCGUAAACAUGUGAAUCCCUGCAGUGAUCACACACAUACGCUUGAAGGCCUCAAACAUGUUGUGGAUGCACAUCAAUUUCCGGUGGAUGAAGAACCCAAUAUAUUGGGCCAUGGCACGCCGGCUGAGGAAAAGUCUGAUCCAUUAACCGCAGAGAAGUUAAUGCAAUUUAAAACCUUAUUGAAUUUUGAAGAUGCACCCGAUCAUCUUAAGUUUAAUCCUUACAUUCGUCGAGGCUAUCGUACAUUCCUCUCCACAAAAUUAUGCCUGCAAAGUGUCUUCUGGUGGACCAAUGAGACUAUCAACAUUUGGAGCCAUCUCUUUGGCUGUCUACUCUUCAUCGGCUUAACCAUAAUCGAUUUCCAAUUUCUUAAAACUCACGCGGAUAUCAGCGAUCAGGUGUUGGUUGUAUGUUUGUUGGUCUGCUUCUGCCUAUGCAUGUUGCUCUCCUCAAUUUAUCAUAUAUUCUCUUGCAAAUCGGAGGAACAUUAUGAUUUCUUUUUGUCGGUGGACUUUUUGGGCAUUUGUUUGUCAUUGGUGGCGAUUUACAUAAGUGGCAUGUAUUAUGCGUUUUGGUGUUUUAAGACUCUUCGCUUAAUCUACUCUGUGAUUGCGCUGUGUAUGUUUGGUUUGGCAAUGUUGGUGCAGAUACCGAAAUUGAAUGUCUCAUUGGAUGCAAAAAUCGCUGUGUUGGUGCUGUGGGCGGCCUACGGUAUAAUACCAUUAGCGCAUUGGACUUAUGUGAUGGGUGGUUUCGAAAAUGAGUUGGUGCGGCUAAUGGUGCCGCGUAUAAUUGUUAUGUACGGUUGGUGCGCCAUUGCAUUCGUCAUUUAUGCAGCUAAAAUUCCUGAGCGUUGGCUCACCGGCAAAGUCGAUUAUGUUGGACACUCGCACAAUUGGUGGCAUCUAUUCAUUUUGGCUGCUUUCUAUCACUGGCACAACACUGGCCUUGUCUAUGCUGAGUAUCGUUUGAAUAACGGUUGCAGUGUUCCCACAUUAACGUAGAGCUUUGCAAUUUAUAUGCGUUGUCGAUUAAAUAUUUUUCGAUUAUAAACAACGCGUAGGCUUACAUACAUAUGUAUGUACAAGUAUCAACAUAUAGAGUAUGUUGAUGUUAUUGCUUUUGUGAUUUCAGCACGCUAAUACAUUCAAUGAAGCACCUCAACACCGGCUAAUUAUUGUACCUUUAAAGAAACAUACGAACAUACAUAGGCAUAUACAUAAAUGUACAUGGCAGGUAUAAAAAUACCUCCUUUACGCACUUAGUUUUAAUUUCAAAUCUAGUUCAUUCACUCAUUAAUUAGUUUUAAUGCACAUUUGUAUAUAAUUAUUAUCGAAAUAUUUAGAAAAAGAAUUAUUUGUCGCGAAGACUUUGUUACUUUUGUUAAAAUAGUCAAUAAAGUGGAAUAUAUAAAA